AACCCUAAACCUCCAAAUUACGCCAUUUUCAUCUCUCUCGAGCUCCGAAGGCAAACGUCUGCAAUCAGAAACUCUGUUUUCAUGUCAAUGAAUCCGAAACUCUUCUCCCAAGUGCUCAUCAGAAAUGCGAGCUCGAGCAGAUCCUACUACACUAGCACGGCCAACAAGGCCACUCUCUACUACAAGAUCAGCCCUCUCGGAGACCCCGGCAGAAGCGUGGCUCCGGAGCUCGACGACUGGGUUCAGAAGGGGAAAAAGGUCCGAGUCGCCGAGCUUCAGCGCAUCAUUCACGAUCUUCGCAAGCGUAAGCGAUUCUCCCAAGCUCUAGAGGUUUCUGAGUGGAUGAAUAAGAAGGGUGUGUGCAUUUUCUCCUCAACUGAACAUGCCGUGCAGCUGGAUUUGAUCGGAAGGGUUCGCGGAUUUGAUUCUGCGGAGAGGUACUUCAAUAAUCUGAGGGAGACUGACAAGACCGAGAAGACUUAUGGUGCUCUCCUGAAUUGCUAUGUCCGGCAGCGCCAAACUGACAAAUCGCUCUCUCAUCUGCAGAAAAUGAAGGAGAUGGGUUUUGCAUCUUUGGCGCUCACUUACAACGACAUAAUGUGUUUGUAUGUAAAUCUUGGUCAGCAUGAGAAGGUCCCUGAUGUUCUGACUGAGAUGAAGGAGAACAAAGUUUUCCCUGACAACUUCAGCUACAGAAUUUGCAUGAACUCUUAUGGUGUUAGGUCUGAUCUUGAAGGAAUGGAGAAAGUUCUCAAAGAGAUGGAGGCCCAAUCUAAUAUUGUCAUGGACUGGAAUACCUAUUCUGUGGCUGCCAAUUUUUACGUAAAGGCAGGCCAAACGGAGAAAGCGACCAAUGCCCUUAAGAAAUCAGAAGAGAGGCUAGAUAAGAAAGAUGGGAUUGGGUUCAAUCAUUUGAUUUCACUCUAUUCCCGUCUGAGGAAAAAGGAGGAGGUCUUGAGGUUGUGGGAGCUGCAGAAAAGUGCUUGUAAGAGGUGCAUAAACAAGGACUACAUUGUUAUGUUAGAGUCGCUGGCAAGGCUUUGUGAGCUUGAGGAGGCUGAAAAAGUUCUGGGGGAGUGGCAAUCAUCGGAAAACUGCUAUGAUUUCCGAGUGCUUAACGCCCUUGUGAUUGGUUAUGCGGAGAAGGGGCUGUGUGGGAAAGCAGAGGCACUGCUUAAAGACCUGACAGCAAAAGGAAAGGCGACCACCUCUAAUAGUUGGGGCGUUGUGGCUUCCAAGUACCUGGAAAAGGGGGAGAUGGAGAAAGCCGUGGAGUGCAUGCAGGCAGCUUUGUCUCGUUAUUUAGGAAAAGAUUGGAAGCCAAAUCCCAAGGUGAUCAGAAGAAUGUUGGAAUGGCUUGGUGAUAAAGGAAGUGUUAAAGACGUGGAAGCAUUUGUAAAAUCAUUGGAGACUGUCGUAACAGUGAAUAAACAGAUGUAUCAUGCCUUGUUAAAGGCACAUAUAAGAGCCGGUAAAGAGGUUGAUAGCCUUUUGGAGAGCAUGAAAACUGACAAAAUUGAUGAAGAUGAAGAAACAAAGAAAAUCGUUGCCAUAAGAAACAAGUCAUCGUGACACUGCGACGCCUAUUUGUUCAUCUCCGGUGUUCCAUAGUUUUGGUCUUGCCUAGAAGGCAUUGCAUUUGCUGAUAGCUACCAAAAUGAUCAGAAGCUUAGAAUUUGUAGCAAUCAUUUGUCUGCUUAAAAAGAAAAUUUGAAUGGCGAUUGAUGAUUUAAUAAGAUUGUUUUGAUGCGUAUAAAAAUUCUGUUCCCGUGCUUCUUUUUUCUUCUUUUUUUUUUUCUUUUUCUUUUUGGUUUAUU